GCGGGAGGACGAGGAGCUGAAGUUUCCACACAAGUGUCGCUAGCUUUGUUUUGUCUCCGGCGGUAAACAGCGGUAGAGAAACCGAGAGAAGUUGGAGCAGUGGCGGGAACUGGGCUGCACGCAGGAGUUAGUAAACAUCCUCUCAGCUGAAUUUGCUGGUGUCGUUUCGUUUUGGUCAACUCUCGGUCCCCUCGUCUUAUAAGUCGCUAAGCUACCGUACAGUUUCUCCCCGGAAUGGCCACAAGGAAACCUAAGGAAAAUGACGCCAGCCUUCCUUUCGCUGCUCUUCAGCUGCUGGCCCCGCCUGUGCGCCUGGUGUCUGCAGCCGUGUGGAAAGUGAUGCAGCGGAGGGACGUGAUGCAGUACGGGGUCGUGGAGGAGUUUGUGACCUCUGCCUGUGAGAUUGUCCCCGGGCUGCUCACCGUGAGACACCAGGGCAAGCUGGCACUGGGGCUGAGAGGACGGUUUAUCUUGGAGCUGUGCUGUACGCAGCCGGACGAAAAGGUGAUAAUGCCACACCUGGAAAGGAUCCGCGCUCCUGCCGCCCUGUUGCCCUCCUCCGCUCCUACUAUGAAGAGGGACGUAAAAAUAAUGAGAACAGUGGAAAGUUUCCAUUCGAUGGUUCGCACGCUGCUAACGGACCCAGCCGAGAGAGACCAGUUCUUCAAGGAGGAGUUUCCUGUAGAUUAUGGUCCAAAGUUCGACCAGGAGCUGGAGAAGCUGAUGUGGGAGUUUUUGAUUCGACUGGACCAGUUGCUUCCGGUUCCCAGCCUGGCUCAGACCGUGUCGUGGCUCAGCGAUGCCCCCCCUGUGCUGGAGGAGUGUGCGCGGGCGGCCACCCAACCCCAGCUCCUGAAGAUAUUGCUUGAACAUCAAACCUGCCUGGGUCAUCUGGAGACUGCAGCUUCCCUUCCUCCAAACAUGGGAGACUCAAUCCUGGCUUCACUCUCUCUGGCUCCCUCUGGAAAAGUACCGUCAAAUCAACCGACACUAGCCAAUAAUUCCGCUGCGGACAAGUCCGAUGGCACACAGAUAAGAAACGAAAGACCCAUUAUUACCCCUGUUAUCGGACUAAUGUCUAAUGAGGACGUGCCCGCUCUAAUGUCAACCAAUAAAAAGACAAACGAGCACUUGGAAGAGAACUUGAAAUUCACCGUGGUUAAACAGAGACAGAAUCCUAAACACGGCGGAGAACAAGAGGACGAGAGGAACGACUCAAAAAGAAGCAGUGGAAUGAAGCGCAAGCAGCCCGAUGAUAGAGAAAGCGAGGAGGAGGAGGAGGAAGAAGAAGUGUUCAUGAACAGACCCGGAGCAAAGAGGUUAAGCAAGAGUUUUAGAAGUGGAGCGAGCAGGCUGGAGCAGGACCGAGGUGACCAGAGGGCAGAAGAAGACGCGAGAAACGAGGAGUGUAACAGAGCAGUCCUGGAAACCCGCGUGGCGCAGCUGGUCGUCAAAAAGUUGCGCCUGCCUGAGGAUCCGUCCCUCUGCUCAAUUUUUAUGUCUUGUCUGAGCAGCCAACCUCGAGUUGUUAUUGAAAAGCUGCAAAUGACUUCUGUUAGCUCUAACUGCACCGGUAGAGGAGGAAAAUCCUUAGACACGAAACAGCAGAGUCGGAGCAAGAAGUCGGCGGUCAAAGCUCCGACACGGAAAAGCGCGAGCAACCAACCGCAAAAGCGUGACUCGGAUUUUCUUGGCCUGGAUGAUAAAGAAAAUCAUCCUGUGUUGCCGAGUAUAAGCAGUUCUCCAUCUCAGCAACGGAGGAACACAGAGACGUUGGUCCUUCCAGGAGACGGUGAAGAUUACGUAGCUGAUUCUGAGGAUGAGGCUACGAAGAACUUCAAAGGCAGGCUGUUUAUUAAGCGCUACUACAAGACUAAACACGGCACUUACGUUCCUACGCUGAGGGAGUACUGGAAACCUGGGAUGACACGGCGGGACUUGUCGUCUGCUGGCAGCAAACACAGAUGAUGAAAUGGAUUUUAGCUGCCAAGUCUGGUGUCCACAAAAAAGGACUCUGUGGCUGAGUGGGGGUUUUUCUCCACCAGCUCCAGGGACAAAUGAACUAGCCUCUGUGGCUGAUGGACUUUUAUUUUUAUUAUGUUGACUUCACUGUAGCUGAAUCAGAUUGACUUAACAUUUGAGGAAGAGGUCAUCAUGGAAAACAAGCCCUGAGGGGAAUUAUCACAUUAGUGUUAAUAAAGCAUUAUACCAGUAUAUGUAACUUUUAUAAAUAUUUUAAAUCUGCCAUAUGUAAUAUACUCAGUUAAUAAAGGCUUAUUU